AUGUCCAGCCCAACCAACAACUUCCUCACCCUCAUCCCCGCCGCUCACCGCGUCCAUGUCACUUCUCCCUUCACUUCUCCCGCCACCAGCGACGAAUCUCUAGUUCCUGCACUCCAGAAGACUCGACGAUCCAGCUCCAGCGUCUCGGCGGAAUCCAACUCUACCGCCGAAGAACCUGCUCUACCAUCUGACAUUGUUGAGUCUCCUGUCGAGGCGGUCAAGAGCCCACAGACCGAGCCAGUCACCAUCCACAAGUUUUUGAAAUUGGAUAUUGUCUCCACAUCGGGGCCCACGAACGAUGAUGGGAGCACCUUGCACCUUACACCCUACACCUAUUACACCAACGACUCGCAGAGCAUGAAAAAGAGCCGGAAGCAUCUGCCCCACUGGGAUAUCGUUUUCCGAACGGGAUAG